AUGAAGCUUUCGAGGCUGGUCCUAGCAGCGGCGCUGUCGGUGCCAUGCGACGCUUUUGUCGGAAGAAGCCCUGUUUCGAUAUCCUUGGGACUUCCUGUCGAGAGGACGAAAGUAUUCUCAAUGGAUCUCGACAAACCAACCGACGAAGUGGCGAAUGAUGUGGGGACUACUGCACAACAACAAGACGAUGUUUCCACAACCAAGCAGGAGCCCUUCCGAAACGAUGGGCUAUUCUCGUUUAUGCAAAAUUUCUUUGUUCUACACGAGACGGGCAAAUCAAUGUCCUAUUUCAUUCCCCUUGAUGCCGACACGAGCAAAACAUCCACUCCCGAGCAAAUUGCCCAAGAGAGGAAACUAUUUUCUGAAAAGCUCAUGAACAUUGGCAUGGAUGAACGCGAGAGGCGCAGACAGGCGGGCAAAAUUUUUGCAAUUGUCACUGCAGUGGCCAUUCUGGACAAAGUCAACAAACUGAACCUUGACACAGGACUUCAAGCAACAGCCGCUGCGGCGGCGUUUGCAGUUCUUCCACAAUCUGCAAGCGCUCCUUUGGUGUUUUUUGGUGCUAUUUUUGGAGCCUUGUACUUUUUGGAAGACAAAAUUCCUGACGAGGCAUAA